UGGAAGAAGCGGUGACCCUCUGUGCUUGGGAAUCACUUUCGAAUCCCCUCAGACUCUUGCUUGUUUCUCAGCAAGUACCGACUCACCUCUGAAUCCCUUAACAACAUGGCACCAAAGAAGAUUGAACCAAAGAAACCUGAGCCCAAAAAGCCAGAGCCUAAGAAAGAUGCUGCUCCGGCUGCUAAGCCAGCUCCUCCUCCAGAGCCACUGCCUGAGCCACCCAAGGAGCCUGCGUUUGAUCCCAAAAGCAUCACUCUUGAGUACAGCGCUGACCAAAUUGAGGAGUUCAAGGAGGCUUUCACCUUGUUCGACCGCACACCGACUGGAGAAAUGAAGAUCACAUAUGCCCAGUGCGGAGAUGUGAUGAGAGCUCUUGGCCAGAACCCUACCAAUGCAGAUGUUCUCAAAGUGCUUGGGAAACCACGGCCAGAGGACAUGAGCACUAAAAUGGUGGACUUUGAGACCUUCUUGCCAAUGCUGCAACAUAUCUCCCGUGCAAAAGAUCAAGGCAACUUUGAGGAUUUUGUGGAGGGGCUCAGGGUUUUUGACAAGGAAGGCAAUGGCACCAUCAUGGGAGCAGAGCUGCGCCAUGUGCUGGCAACGCUGGGAGAGAGGAUGACAGAAGAUGAGGUGGACAGACUGAUGGCUGGACAGGAGGAUGCCAAUGGGUGUAUCAACUAUGCCUCCUUUGUAAAGCAUAUUCUCUCCGGGUGAAAAGGACAUUAUAAACCAUAUUCUCUCCGGGUGAAAAGGACAUUUAACCAUAAAGACUUUACCGCUGUUUCUCCCCCUCCCCCCUUUCUGGAUCAUUACUUAACAUUUGUCCAUUAGAGGUGAGCAUGUCACUUAGUCUGUGGCAUUAUUUUUCUGUCAAAAGCAGGAGUAAAAGUUCAGUGAAACGUGAAAUGUUGGCCCCAAAACCUGUGAUUAGUUCUUUUUAAUAAGCACUCUGAAAUAUAAUGAAAUGCCAUUGAGAUAAGAAUAUGGGCGUGCAUAAGGAACUCCAUUAAUAAAGGAAAUAUGAUUACAAAUUG